GCGUAAUGGCCCGCGUGUAUCUGAAGGUGAAUAUCUUGGUCAGAUGAAGCGUGAAGUUCCAUCACGCCGAAUAUUGGAAUUUAUUGCUGGAGGACCGAAAAAUUAUGGCUACCGACACGUCGACGCAAGUACAGGCUUGGAUGAGAGAGCAGAGCUUAAGAUUCGGUCAUUCCCGCUCUCUUAUGCUACUCAUCAGCUCCUUAACUUCAACACUAUGAAACAACUCGUGUUGAAUCAAUUCAAUGUUGAUGGGGCAGUGUGA